AUGGGGGAACUCAGCGGCGAUGGGCCACUGCGGCUGGAAAUGGGGUUUCCGGGGGUAGCGGCGCCCCCGCCGCGGGGCACGCUAGCCAAGCUCAAGAUUCGGUUCAAGGAAACCUUCUUUCCGGACGACCCGUUCAGGCAGUUCAAGGGGCAGUCCCUCGGUGCCAAGUGGGCCCUCGCCGCGCAGUACGUGUUCCCCAUCCUCCACUGGGCUCCGAAGUACAGUCUCAGCCUCUUCAAGUCGGACCUCGUCGCCGGCCUCACCAUCGCCAGCUUGGCCAUCCCACAGGUUCGGGAUUCUCUGCUCCUCCACCGCCGCCGCCAACGACGUUAUCGUAACCCCUAAACUUGUUUGCUCUCCCCUGGUCUUCUUUCGCAGGGUAUAAGCUACGCCAAGCUCGCCAAUUUGCCGCCCAUCAUAGGACUUUGUAAGAAGAUUCCCACAAUAUUCUAGCUUUUAAUCAAGCGAUUAAAUACAUGAACAUGUUGAUCUGAACUUACGGGUUGUGUAACUGAACUCUACACCAUCCAGACUCGAGUUUUGUGCCGCCGCUGGUGUACGCGGUCCUGGGCAGCUCGAGGGAUCUCGCCGUGGGACCAGUCUCCAUCGCCUCCCUCAUCAUGGGGUCAAUGCUCCGGCAGGCGGUGUACCCUAACAAUGAUCCCUACCUCUUCCUGCAGCUUGCCUUCACUUCCACCUUGUUCGCCGGCCUCUUCCAAGCGAGUCUCGGCAUCCUCAGGUAGAGUAUGAUUCCUUUGAGGCCAUCUGGUCGCUGCUCUCCAUCUAGCGCUUACGGAUUCCGCAUGUGGGUGAUGGUCUCCAGGUUGGGUUUCAUCAUCGACUUCCUCUCAAAGGCCACCCUCAUCGGCUUCAUGGCGGGCGCUGCCAUCAUCGUCUCGCUCCAGCAGUUAAAGGCCCUCCUUGGUAUCUCCCACUUCACCAAACAGAUGAGCCUCAUCCCUGUCCUCAGCUCUGUCUUCCAUAAGACUGAUGAGGUAUCUCUCUCUCUAUAUAUAUCUAUAUAUGUGUGUGUGUAUAUAUAUAUAUACACACACACCCAGGAAACUGACCAUGUUGUGGGUUCCAGUGGUCUUGGCAGACGGUGCUGAUGGGUAUCUGCUUCUUGGUCUUCCUGCUGCUUGCAAGACACAUCGUAAGUGCAUAAUUUCCCUUGAUUAGCUUCACCGUAAAGUACAAAAAGGCCUGUCUUGUUGCGUUAAGUGAGAGUCGUCGACCGUUAGCUCUCUCUCCAGCUGGAAAGCCGACAGAGACCCCCCAUUCUUGACUUCCGGUCCUUAGAAACCAUUCCGACCAUUUUCAACGGCCUUUCCAUGGUGAAACAGCGACGGAUUAGGCCGUGCUCUCAUCUGCAGUCAAGAGAAUCCACAUGUCGCAAGACUCCAAGGACUAGGGUUUCGAAGGAGGAGCACUGUUCUUUUUGUCAGCUUGUUUAUCAGGUCAUACCUUGCCGGGAGCGAGGGGAUAGAGAGAGAGAGAGAGAGAGAACAUGGAGGGGUCACGGGAUUGUUCACGUGAGUGAACAGAAGUAGGCAACAUGUCCCUUGCACCUAUCUUCGCUGACGUGUUUCUAUCUUCUAACCCACCCUCAUUUCGAUUUCUACUUCUAAUCUGUUAAUCUAAAGAGUUAGGUUUUCAGAAUCGGUGGUUACUGCAGCUUGGAUUUAUCGAAUCGAACAUCUGUUCUACUAUAUAGUAAUAUUUGUAUUUUAUACACUAUUUUUUUUGUAUUAUGCAUUCAUUAUUUAGGAGUUUUCUGGUAGGAAAUGGCAGAAGACAGUGGCACAAAUCCCUUAAAACCAAGCAAUUUCUUGUCCAAAACAUAGGAUUCUUGGGAGCAUAUGACCAGAGCUCGAUCCGAUCUGAAAGAAGCUCUUGUGCUGAUUUCAAUCAUCCGUCUGAGAGACAGAUCUUACAUCUUUCUUGGAUCCUUUAUCUGAUCUUUUUCUCAUGCUGCCUGGGUCAACCCUCCUGAAUCUCCAGUUUCUAGAUGGCAGUCGUCUGGGGCAACUACCAUCUCGACCUUGCUUUCUCAAAUCGAACGUGCAAGUAACAUUUACUUUCACGCAAUAGUUUAGAAAAUAAUUUUGCUAGUUUUGCUUUGCGGCGGACGAUUUCGGAAGCCCAACGCAGGUGACUUGAUAAGAACUGGGGUGGAACCGGCCCGGGCCCUGAGCUAUGGCUUCGUUUACAUGGCCCAGACUCGGAUAAAAGUCUAAAAGUCUACCCUCCCCCAGACACCUACAUUGCCCCGGCUUGGGUUAUUGUCUUGACCAACCCCGCCCCCCUGAGCAUCUAGAGAGAGAGAGAGAGAGAGAGUUGUUGACGCGUGAGCGUCUAUGGAAUAGACAGCAGGAAAAUCAACUUUUGAGACGAGCCCUCCCUUUUGGGCCACCCUUUUAGACAAGUCUUAUUUUUCUUCGCAAGAUUUUGAGUACCACUCCGGGAUCGAAUGUGAUUUCACUGUUUACACAGUUUCCACCAGGAAAACGAUAUAAAUAUGUAAAGAAGGAUAUACGAUACACGACAAGAAAUCGACCCCUUAUUAGGGUUGGAAUAACAGUAGAUUGAAUUUGCAAGGGGUGCUAGUGACCAUAUGAAACCUAGGGAGGGGAGAAGCUUAUCCACAGCAUGGGACUCCCUCACCAGAAGAAGCCAAGAACAGACAUGAUAACAGGCAGGAAUACCAAAAAGCUGCCUGAAUAUGUAAAGGGUUAUUACAACCUGCACUCUUUUGUCUUCGACGAACAGUCCCUGAACCGUGCGCUCCACCCUGGUUGAGUCCGUCUCCUUCCGUCUUUCAGAGCUAUAUAAUUUAUCUUUUUGCCAACGUACAUACAUUUACUCUCUCUCUCUCUCUCUCUCUCUCUCUCCCGCUCUCUUAUAUGAUUAGGUGCCCUUGGAUAUGACAGACUAAAAUCUGUAAGUCAACUCCGGUGCUGGAGAGUCACCAACAGGGGUCUGGAGUUAUUCACAACCAUGUGGUCUUUGAAGAGUGCUGAAACAUUGAUGAAUGUAGAAAACACCAGAUGGAAAGAUAUGGCAGGGCCAAAGAUGGAUCUCUCUCUAUUUUAGUAGGCACAGAUGAUCGUCAAACUUUCGAUUGAUUUCCAAAUAUGUAGUGUUAUCUUGUGGUCCGAGAGCCAGAUUUAUUCACGAAUUCUCACUGUGGAACCUAACACUGGUGGUCCGGAUGGAACAGAGCAUGAGGAACCCCAAGCUAUUCUGGAUAUCCGCUGGAGCUCCGUUGACCUCUGUGAUAAUCUCCACGGCCCUGGUCUUCGCGUUCAAGGCUCAACACCAUGGCAUCAGUGUGGUCAGUCCUCUCUCUCUCUCUCUCUCUCUCUCUCUCUCUCCCUCUCGAUAGACACGUAAAUAGAUAUAUAUAUGUAUAUAUAUAUAUAUAUAUGGAUAGAUAGGAUUUGUUGGUAAUGUUUUCGGUGCUUCGUGAAGAUUGGAGAACUGAAGAAAGGGCUUAACCGUCCUUCUUGGGAUAUGUUGAGGUUCGACGGGCACUACCUGUCCGUCGCUAUCAAGACGGGGCUGGUCACUGGGAUCAUCUCUCUCACUGUGAGUUCCCAGCCCAAGCACGCUUCUAAGGGAGGAGGAAGAAAGUCUUAUCUCUCCUUAAUCUGAUUUAUCUCCCUCUCUUUACAAACCCAGGAAGGGAUCGCUGUGGGGAGAACAUUCGCCUCACUCAAGGACUACCAGAUUGACGGGAACAAGGAGAUGAUGGCCAUCGGGCUGAUGAACGCGGUGGGCUCCUGCACCUCCUGCUACGUAACCACAGGUAACGAAUAUCGCCGCUCACUAUCAUCUACUGAGACAGGAAGAUCCUCUCAUGACGGGGUCCUCUGACGACUUGCGCCAUGAGCAGGGGCCUUCUCGAGGUCAGCGGUCAACUACAACGCCGGGUGCAAGACAGCGAUGUCGAACGUCAUCAUGGCGUUGACGGUGAUGGUGACCCUCCUCUUCCUGAUGCCCCUUUUCGCCUACACGCCGAACGUCGUCCUCGGGGCCAUCAUAAUCACCGCCGUCGUCGGCCUGAUCGACCUCCCGGCGGCGUACCUCGUAUGGAAGAUGGACAAGAUGGACUUCCUGGUCUGCGCAUGCGCCUUCCUCGGCGUCGUCUUCAUCUCCGUCCAAGACGGGCUCGCUGUCGCCGUAAGAUCUCUCGUCGUCUCCUCUUCAAUUCGUUUCACUGCUUGAUAUUCUUCUCAUCCAGAUGAUAAUCUACGCAGGUGGGGAUAUCGAUAUUUAGGGUUCUUCUGCAGAUCACGAGGCCGAAGAUGGAGGUGCUGGGCAACAUCCCCGGGACGGACUUAUACCGGGGCCUUCAUCAGUACCAGACCGCCAGGAGGAUCCCUGGGUUCCUCAUCCUCGCCGUCGAAGCCCCCAUCAACUUCGCCAACACCACCUAUCUUAACGAAAGGUGAUCGCCCUCAUCAGAGAGAAACCACGCACAUUUAAUAUCUGCCCUUGUCGCAGAACUCUACAUGUUCAUUAAUUGCGCUCGCAUGAAAUCGUCUACCUGUUGAACAGGAUCUCGAGGUUCAUAGAAGAGGAGAAUGCGGAAGCGGGGAAGCAGCACGCUCUUCGUUAUCUCAUCCUUGAGCUAUCAGGUAUUCUUGUCUUCUUGUUCCCUCCCUCCUUUCACAUCGUCGACCGCUCGUCGUUUCAUCGAACCAUCGACAGGAAGAAGUAAAUCCCAUGAGAGGAGUUCAGAUUAGGGUUUUUCACGUACUGAUGUGGUUCCUUCUUGGGGGUUCGACAACCUCAGCCGUGAGCGCCGUGGACACGAGCGGCAUCACGUUCUUCACCGAUCUGAAGAAGUCCAUGGCGAAGAGAGGCCUCGAGGUGAGAGAACAACAGACAAACAACGUAAUCAGAUUUCAGAACCAGUUGGUUGCUCCUCUUCAUCAUCCUCCUUCUCUCUGUGUGUAGGUGGCCUUCGUAAACCCAGUGGGGGAGGUGAUGGAGAAGCUGCAGCGGGCCAACGAGGCCCAUGGCUUUCUCGGCCCGGACUCCCUCUUCUUGACAGCCGGCCAGGCCGUUCUCUCCCUCUCUUCCCUGAUCAAGGAGCCAACACCCACUCAAGUCUAG